AUGUUAUCCCUUGGUUCUUUUCUCCUGCUUCUGUUCGCUAUCUCUCCUUCUCUUUAUUUCUUGUCCUUUGUCUCUCUUUUGUUCUUUUUUUCCCCCAAUUUUCUCUUCUUUGUGUGUUCACUAUUCUUUCUUUCCCUUCUUCUCCUACUCUAUUUUAUAGACAUAGUGAAGGACAGUGUACCGAGCAGCGAAUACAAGAAAGAAGAAGAUCCCAAAUUGUAUUGUUCUCUGAAAACAGAACGUGGCCCACUGUCUGAAAACUGGCGGGAAGAAUAUGCAAAGGCCUGUAAAAAUGGACCCUGCAAUGGGCGAGCCAUCAUGACUGCCUACAAAUUGUGUAAAGUAGAAUUCCGAUACUGGGGGAUGCAGACGAAAAUUGAAAAGUUCAUCCACGAUAUAGUCCCAUCAAAUCUCUUUUUUUCCUCAGUUCAAAUUUCCUCUCUCUCAGUUCAUCUCUGUCAAAUUGUCUUUGUCACUGCAGCCCAUUCAUAUCUCUCUCUCUUUCUCUCUCUCCUCUGCCCACUGUCUCUCUCUCUCUCAGCUUGUUCAUUCAUCCUCUCUCUCUCUAUCUCUCCUUCUGCAUAUCUCUCAUUCUUCCUCUUUGUGUGUAUGUUGUUUUUUUCCUUUCUUAUGUAUGUGUUUUUUUAUGUAUCUGUGUCUCUCUCCUUUCCUAUAUCAUCUCUCUCUCUCUCUCCCUUUGUGAGAGCAUGUAUCACUCUAUUUCCUAUCCUCUGUGUGUGCACGUGCACAUCUCUCUCUGUGUCUCUCUUUCUCCUCUCUCUCCCUCCCUGUUUCCUCAUUAUGUUUCCCUCUUUCCUUUCCUAUUUGUGUGUGUGUCUCUCUCUCUUUCUUUUACUAUGUUUGUGUGUCUCUCUCUCUUUUUUUUCCUACGUGUGUGUGUGUCUCUCUCUUUCUUUCCUGCGUGUGUGUGUCUCUCUCCUUUCCUACGUGUGUGUGUGUCUCUCUCUUUCCUUUCCUACGUGUGUGUGUGUCUCACUCUUUCCUUUCCUACGUGUGUGUGUGUCUCUCUCUUCCCACGUGUGUGUGUGUGUGUGUGUCUCUCUCUUUCCCUUUCCCACGUGUGUGUGUGUCCUUUCCCCACGUGUGUGUGUGUCUCUCUCUUUCCUUUCCUACAUGUGUGUGUGUCUCUCUUUCCCUUUCCCACGUGUGUGUGUGUGUGUGUCUCUCUCUUUCCCUUUCCCACGUGUGUGUGUGUCUCUCUUCCUUUCCACGUGUGUGUUCCUUUCCUUCCCACGUGUGUGUGUGUCUCUCUCUUUCCUUUCCUACGUGUGUGUGUGUCUCUCUCUUUCCUUUCCUACGUGUGUGUGUGUUUCCUCUCCUUUCGUGUGUGUUCCCACGUGUGUGUGUGUCUCUCUCUUUCCUUUCCCACGUGUGUGUGUCUCUUUCCUUUCCCUACAUGUGUCUCUCUCUCUCUCUUUCCUUUCCUACGUGUGUGUCUCUCUCUCUCUUUCCUUUCCUACGUGUGUGUCUCUCUCUCUCUUUCCUUUCCUACGUGUGUGUCUCUCUCUCUCUCUUUCCUUUCCUACAUGUGUGUGUGUCUCUUUCUCUUUCCUUUCUUAUGUGUGUGUCUCUUUCUCUUUCCUUUCUUAUGUGUGUGUCUCUUUCCUUUCCUUUCCUAUGUGUGUGUCUCUUUCUCUUUCCUUUCUUAUGUGUGUGUCUCUUUCUCUUUCCUUUCUUAUGUGUGUGUCUCUUUCUUCCUUUCCUUUGUGCCUACGUAAAACUAUGUUACGAGCUCACCGUCAGGCUUGGUGCUGGCAGGAUGAAUAUUAUGGCCUCACCCUAGAAGAUAUUCGCCACCUGGAACGAGAGACCCAGGCAGCACUUGCUGAAAAGAUGGCCAGUGCAAAUGAAGAUGUUGAGCCAAUUGAAAACAAGAAACUCAUCAUUCCACCCAGCUCGUCGGUCAUUGCUGGUGAGGACAAGACAUCCCCAAUCAGUUCAUCCCACUCUGGUGACCCUCUCCACAGCUCUGUCAUUUCACGAACAUCGCCUUGUCCCAGCGUUCCAGAUCAUCUGUCAAAUUUGGAGAACUUGACCUCCAGUCGUUCAUUUGGAUCCAAAAAGUCUGUCACUGAAUCAAGUCGAAACCUUUCUGACUGGCGUUUGGAGAGUCUUGAACAACUGCAAGAAUCAAGUUCAGAAGACGAACAAUUUUAUGAUGCCCUUGAACACUGGGACAGUCUGUCCUUGAAUGGAGAGCGACCUCGUCUUAUGCACUCUACCUCUGUUGAGCUGAUCUCUUCCACUGAUGAGUUCAAAGAAGAUUCUAGAGACAAAGGAACGUCAUUUGAACGUAAACUUGAGAAAUAUACUGCAAAGUCCGUUGAUGCAGCUGCAUAUUCGUCACUUAACAUCAGCUCAAAUAAUCGCUCUGAUGUCCUCUUUAUGGUCCUUUAUGGAGGCUGUCUUUUGGAAACAGGACAGGAAUUCCCAUCCAUCCGUGGAGAUUAUGCCACUUUUAAAAACACCUUUGACACUGUGAUCAAUGCUCAUUAUCCAUCAGCACUUAAUCGCGUCUUUUUCCGCCUCAUCCAUUGCCCUUCUUCCUGUGCAGAAUCACUCAACAUUCUUUCUGGUCUGAGUCCCUAUUCCUCUGACUCAUUGGGUGUGAAGGAUGGAAACCCAAACCUGACCCUGACUCAAGAAUUUAUCCCUCUUGGAGCCAUAGCCUUGUUUGCCUCAUCAAGUUCGGAUUUUGAUGAGCAUGUAUCUGUCGUCAUCAGCAAAGCCAACCACGUGUACCAGGAGUUCCUUCGCUCAGAUGAAGGACAAGGAUUUACUGGCCAGGUUUGCUUCAUUGCUGACAGUGCAGGUUCACUGCUUGCCUACGAAGCUCUUUGUCUCUCCAACACGAAGGACCAAAGGAACAGCAGUCGAUAUGGAAGCCAUGGUAGUGUCUAUGAUGCAGAGGGUGUUGAAAACAAUACAGGUGGUGCAGGCAGUCACCAUCAGCAACAGAGCAACCCAGACCUCACCUCUAUACUACAAGACAAUGGAAUGCCUUCCCCGGUCAGUAAUGAUGUGUUCACCCAUGAAAUUGAAGGCCACAAGACACCUGAGAUUACCCGCAAGGCAUCAACCAACCAGCAUCUGUCUGUCCAUGGAAUAUCUGGAAACUGUGGAGGAAGCCAUGUCUCUCAGAGAAACAGCAGUGGUAGCCAUUACGACUCAAGUCAUGCUGCCCGUUUGAGUUUUGAAGUUUCCGACUUCUUUAUGUUUGGAGCACCUCUUGGACUUAUACUGGCUUAUAAAAGAAGCUUUCCUCCUGUUCGUCCUGCCUGCCACCAGUUGUACAAUCUAUUCCAUUCCCAUGAUCCCUCUGCAGUUCGAUUGGAGCCCCUUAUUCAUGAUGGAUUCAAACAUAUUUCUCCAAUCAAAGUCCCUCGUUACAGCAAAUUUCCUCUUGGUUAUGGUGAAACUGUACAUGUUGUUGAAACCAUUCACUGUAACCUACGGCUAUUCACUAAUAGUCGACGUAGAUCUGCCUCCCCAUGUCAACCGUCCCUGCAACGGCAGAGCAGCUGUACAAGCCUCUGCAGCCAGGCCUCUUGUCUAGACGAACUGACUGUGUCCAGUAUAACAAAUGUAACCAAUCGUUGGUGGGGCAACAAACGUCUGGACUAUGUGCUUUACUGCCCUGAGGUUCUUCACUCCUUUCCAACCAAUGCUCUUCCCCAACUGUUCCAUUCUAGUUUCUGGGAAUCAAGUGAUGUGGUCUCCUUUAUUCUCAGACAGGUGUUUCGCCAAGAGUCAUUUUCUUCAAACACAGAGGCUGAAAUCAACAGAGGGACAAGUCGGAAAUUUUCUCCCUCCAAGCCAUGUGAGAAAUGGCUGAAACGACGAACCACCAUCAAAGUGCGGAACCUUCAACCCAAUCACCGAGCCAAUGAUGUGAUUGUCAUCGAAGAUUCACAACAAAUACUCACUGGCAAAUUCACUUAUGGUCCUUUUGACAUGACUUAUCUUUCUGGAGAAAAGGUUGAUAUCUACAUUAUGAAGUCUCCUCCAUCAGGGGAAUGGGACUAUCUUGGCAAUGAGAUGACAGACAAUCAUGGAAAAGUCAGUUUCACUAUUCCUGAAGAGAAGCGAGUCACUCAAGGAAUUUAUCCAAUCAAAAUGGUUGUCAGAGGUGACCACACAUCAACUGACUUUUUCUUGUCAGUCCUCCCACCAAAAACAGAGACUGUUGUGUUUAGCAUUGAUGGUUCCUUUACAGCAAGUAUGUCCAUUAUGGGAAAAGACCCUAAAGUGAGAGCAGGAGCUGUUGACGUUGUCCGUUAUUGGCAAAACCUUGGCUACUUUAUUCUUUAUGUAACGGCACGUCCUGAUAUGCAGCAUAAAAAAGUGAUAAGUUGGUUGGCACAGCAUAAUUUUCCUCAUGGAAUGGUCGGCUUCAUGGAUGGCAUAUCCAAGGAUCCUCUCAGACAGAAACUUAACUUCUUGAAGAAUUAUCAGACAGAGGCUCAACUUGUCUACAAAGCAGUUUAUGGCUCUGCAAAAGACAUUAGUAUCUACCGAGAAUUAGACAUACCAAAACAGCAGAUUUACAUUGUUGGCAAGGUGUCCAAAAGGCAACAUGGCUUGGCUCAGAUUCUGUCUGAAGGCUAUGCCUCUCAUUUAACAGACCUGAUGAAGCCUGGGACUUCUCGUUCAGCUGUCGGGAAUGCUCGCCUCUUCAUCCGCAAAUCUUGCUUCUCAUUGCCUGAGCAGCCUGUCCGCAAAAAAUCUGCUAAGCGUAGUGCAUCCUGUCCCCACAGGAGCAGUUCGACAUUUGAGGCAUCGGCAGACCGAAGCUCAAUGGACCUGUCUGGUCAGGCGGCCUUUGGCAGUCAGCCAAGGCUACGUGGUUCAUCCCCGCGAACAAAGAUGCCGAUGUGCUUAUAUCAGGACGAAAUCUGA